UUUCUUAUCCACAUAUUAUCCUUACACGAACGCGAACAUUGAACUGGGUCAAUCGUCCAAGCUCGCAUGGCAACGUCCUUCUCCUCUGCUACCCUCGUUCGCUCCAUCGUCAAUCCCCAGCAAAACCCUUCUAAAACCCUCGUGCCCUUCAGAGAAUCCUUUCGCGGAGUCUCGAGCUGCGUAAAGUGCUCCAGGGACUUCUCGUGGAGCUCUGCUGCAAGCUAUGCGACUCUGAAGCUCGUUGCUCCCUGUAGAUUUUCCAGCAGACUCGUUUUUCCGAGGAGGUCGUUGCGGAGGACCGGAAUUGUGAGGGCGGCGACUAUUGAAGAAAUAGAAGCUGAGAAGGCCUUCAUCGAGAAAGAUGUUACAAGCCGGAUGGAAAGGACUAUUGAAACUGUUCGUUCAAAUUUCAGUUCCAUAAGGACAGGGAGAGCGAACCCAGCUAUGCUUGACAAAAUAGAGGUGGAAUAUUAUGGAACUCCAGUUAGCUUGAAGAGCAUUGCUCAAAUUAGCACUCCAGAUGCCAGCUCUCUUUUGGUACAGCCAUAUGACAAAUCAAGCUUGAAGGCUAUUGAGAAAGCCAUAGUCAACUCUGAUGUGGGCAUGACUCCAAAUAAUGAUGGAGAAUUGAUAAGAUUGAGUAUUCCACCAUUGACAUCAGAAAGAAGGAAGGAAUUAUCAAAAAUAGUGGCUAAACAAGCUGAAGAAGGGAAGGUGGCUCUGAGGAAUAUAAGAAGAGAUGCAUUGAAAGCUUAUGAAAAACUUGAGAAGGAGAAAAAGCUCUCAGGAGAUAAUGUGAAGGACUUGACAAAUGAUCUGCAGAAGUUGACAGAUGGGUAUAUGAAGAAGAUUGACAGUGUCUACAAACAGAAAGAAAAGGAGUUGCUAACCGUUUGAUGCUCGUAGACUUAAAUGUAAAUGUUUCGUCUCUAAUGAAGGCCAAAUUUUGUCUACUCUUUGUUCGGAGUUGGAUGUUCGGGGCGUAACGCUUGUGUUACGCAAGACAGCUUUGAAUGAGCAUUAUGCUUUUUUUAUUUUCCCAAAAAAAAAAAACAGAGAGAGAAGGUGAAUUCAUGCGUAUAUCUAGGUUGCUAUGCCUGUAUGUACCUUGUCAAUUGUUACACAGACCCUUCGUUUGUACUUGGGAUUCUUUUAUUCCAUGGAUCUACUGGAAAUCUGAAGUGCUGUAUAGCUAA